AUGAUAAGUGGAAAGGGUAUGAGGCCUGGAGAUAUUGUCACAGCUUCAAAUGGAAAGACAAUUAAGGUUAAUAACACUAAUGCAGAAGGUGGGCUUACACUAGCAGAUGCUUUGGUUUAUGCUUGCAACCAAGGUGUUGAGAAGAUAAAGCCGAAAACUAGACAUCUUUUGCAAAUAGUUGACCUGGCAACACUAACCGGGGCUUGUGUUGUUGCUCUUGGCCCCUCAAUUGCAGGCGUCUUCACACCCAAUGAUGAUCUAACAAAGGAGUUAUUUCAAGCAUCAGAGGCCAGUGGUGAGAAAUUUUGGAGGAUGCCAUUAGAGGAAAGCUAUUGGGAAUCAAUGAAAUCAGGAGUUGCUGAUAUGGUAAAUACCGGCGGUCGCCAAGGCGGUGCUAUCAAUGCAGCUCUAGUCUUGAAACAAUUUGUUGAUGAAAAAGUAAAAGUAAUGCACGUUGACAUGGCUGGGCCUGUCUUGAAUGAUAAGAAGCAUGUGGCAACUGGAUUUGGCAUCUCAACUUUGGUGGAAUGGGUUCUGAAGAACUCUUCUUCUUAAAUGAAAGCUUGGAACAUGCUCCGUUGUGACGGUGGCAGACCGAAAAAGGAGAACAACAUGUUCGAGGUUGUUGGGUUCUGUAAGAUCUGUCUGAUGAAUAAGAAGCUUGUUGUUGGAAUACUGCUCUGUUUUCUUUUGCUUUAUGUAGCUUGUUCCUACAAUGUUAUAACUACAUAAAGCUUUUUUACCAAUAAAUCUCUUUCCUUCUCAUGUUUUA